UAAAACCCCGUCGAAUCACAACGAGGGAGAAAGAGAAAAGGCGUUCGGCCAUUCGUUUGGAGAACCGGGCCACACGUAUUUCCUUUUUCUAAUGCAACUGACUAUAAAAACCAGAAGCUCGGCGCGCUGAAGGUUCAGGAGAAGUUCGCGCUCUGCAGCGAUGCGGCGGGAUGCGGCACAAUAACGGAGACCUGUAUAACAUAUCACAAACGCCAUUGUUUUAUUCGUAAACGAAGCUCGCGAAUGUAAGACGCACGAUUUAAACGCUCGUUGCACCUCGUUUUCGAGAUCCCCUUUCUCCUAAUCCGGUUUUUGGCUGCAGUAAUUUUGCAGGCGGGGGGUGCACGCCAUGUCGAAUCUCAGUGCUGCGUAUGGCGGUGAGAGGACGUGAGCCGCGCGCGGAGACUGUUGCGAAGAUGCCACGCGCUUUGCGGAGGCUCGUGCAUCUCGUGCUGUUGUGCCCGCUUUCCAAGGGCCUGCAGUCCCGUUUGCCUGCAGUGAAGGUGAAGUACCUGUUGGUGGCAUGGUUGGGUGUUCUGGUAACCAGCUGGGUCGUCUACAUACAGUACUCCUCCUACUCGGAGCUGUGCCGGGGUCAUGUCUGCACAAUGCUCAUUUGCGAGCACUACCACAAGGGGAUUAUCUCUGGCUCAGUGUGUAAAUCUUUAUGUGAGGAGAAAACUCUCACUCUACAGCACUGCCUCUCCACAUCGCCAACGCAUCAGGUAUACAGUGCUGUGUGGAAGGAGAAAGCUGUGGUAGUUAAGUGUGGAUUACAUGAUGCUCAGCGGGAUGCUAGUCUGUAUGAUAAACCCACUCGUGGCACAUCCAUGGAUGAGUUCCGAGAAAUGUUGCACUCUUUUCUCAAGAACAGUCUGGGUGAACAGCUGUCUCUUGGCUCACUUGUCUUGCGCAUUGUCUCACUGGCCGAUGUCAAUGCUGAUGGUAAAGUGUCUCUAGCUGAAGCGAAGUCAGUGUGGGCUCUGUUGCGCAUUAAUGAGUUUGUCUUGACCCUGGUGCUACAGGACAAAGAGCAUGCACCCCGUCUAUUGGGGUUCUGUGGCCAACUUUACACCACAGAGCAUGUAGCCCACAGUACCCUCCUCAGUGUAAACAUGCCAUCCUGGCUCCACCCUCUGGUGCCUAAAGCUCUAAGUAACUCCCUUAAUCACUGGAUGGCUCCAGCCUGGCCACGCCGUGCCCAUGUCGCAAUUGGUCUGCUAGAGAUGGUCGAAGAACUUUUCCAUGGUGCAUAUGGCACUUUCUACAUGUGUGAUGCUACUCCUCAGCGAGUGGGAUACAGCACUAAUUAUGAUUGCAAGAUGUCUGACUUGGGAACUGUGGUACCUGAAGCAACUGUACGGGCAUUCCUGAAAGGACGACAUUGCCAAGUCAACACUGACUGCACAUUUGGGAGUGACUGCACGGCCACUUGUGACCGCCUGGCCAAGCAGUGCAACAUAGAGGUGGUGCGACCAAAUUUGGCCAAAGUGUGUGCCCUUCUGAGGGAUUUCCUUUUUUUUGGGGCACCUCCUGACUUGAUGGAUGACUUGGACAAGCAACUUCGCACCUGCAUGACACUGAGUGGCCUGGCCUCACAAAUGGAGGUGCAUCACUCACUUGUGUUAAACAACCUCAAAACGCUGCUAUGGAAAAAGAUCUCGGACACCAAGUAUUCUUGAUGAAAAGCGACUGGACACAGAAAUAUGGAAGGAAUUCCUCUUUCAGGGCGAAAGAAAACUAUACCAUACUGACCAGCAAUCUGAAACAGAAUAUGGCAAAUUGUUUUGUAGAGUAGAUACUAUUGAGUGCCAUGCUUUCAGGAAGUAUGUUUAAAUGGACUAGCCAUGAGCCAUACCCUUCAGCAAAGAAGCUUUAGUGAAAGCUCUUUAAAAGUGUGCCUCAGGAAAUCGCUUUCAUUUAUCAGACUUACAGAGGGUAAGGGGUUAUUAUAAAACCCACUUCCCAAAUUCCUAUUUUUCCUCAUUACUCCUUCAGAUAAAGAAUUAGAUGAUUAUAAAAUCAGUGAGAUAGGGUAGUUUAGAUGUCCACAAAAAGUCUCAAAGACCCUCAAUGAGUCUUCUUUAUUUUACAUUUGGGUUAGGUAUUCCAACAUUGGCUGUGUUUACCUUAUAUUACAGUAUCGUGCAAACGUCUUUGGUGAAUGUGAGGGGGAAAAAUUUUAAAAUAAAUAAACAAAAAUGUAAAAAAUGUCUAAGUAUUCAAAAAUGGGCUACAAAUAGUAUAUCUGUAUUUGGUGAACAGCCUUUGCCUUUAAAAGUGGGUCAGUAAAACUCAGGUUUACUGUGGUGCAGUAUUUUAAGAAACACUGCUAGUUGGGUCUUGCCAUGGGUCUUCUGCACACUUUGGCAGUUGCUUCUAUUUCACAGCUGUAUUUAUUUAUUUAUUUAUUUUUUUUUUUAAAUGUGGUCUAUUAUGUAAUGUUAUUUUCUUGAAUGGCAUACAAGAAAUGAUUUUCAUUGUUUUUAAGUGAACAUUUGAAAAUGUACACUUCUGUCUAUUGUCAGAGAUUGGAGAUGGAGGCGGAUGUAAAUGCAAGCUAUUUAUUAUCAAAUAAAACAAGAACCCCCAAAAAAA